UUCUUCUCUUCCCCGAAUCAGCUACCAUUCCAUCACACCACACCACACCACACCACACUAUCUCUUUCUUUCUUUCUCUCUCUCCUAUCAGAUCGGCUUUCCAUUUUUUGUUCUUCUGCAAAUCUCUGGAAGUGAACGUUCCAACCCAAAAAUAAUAUUAAAUAAAUAAAUUAUACGUAAAAUUGGGGAUUUUACUAUUUAUUUAUUUCUGUGUCUAUCGUAAUCGGAAAAUGAAGGACGAAGAUGGCCUUCCAACAACGACAGCGACCACCAAGAAAGAAAGCUCGGAUUCGGGUCAGGCAUUAGGUAAAGGAAGGUACAAAUUCUGGGCAUUGGGUGCCAUUAUAUUGCUCGCACUUUGGUCUAUGUUCACCGGAACCGUCACUCUCCGGUGGUCCGCCGGUAAUCUCAACCGUAUCACCGAUGACUUUGAUACUCCCAUUCAUGACGAUCUCGACGUCCUUGAAAUGGAGGAGAGGGAGAAGGUGGUGAAGCAUAUGUGGGAUGUGUACACCAACAGCCGUCGGAUCAGAUUGCCAAGGUUCUGGCAAGAGGCGUUCGAAGCUGCUUAUGAGGACUUGAUCAGUGAUGCUCCUGGUGUUAGGGAGGCUGCCAUUACUGAGAUCGCUAAAAUGUCCGUACGCUCCAUUAAUAUCGAUCCUCCUCCUGUUCAAUCAACGAGUGCACGAGAACUUACUAAGGCUUUGAGGCAAGCGGAUCGAGGAGCAGAGGCUGUGAGUACGACUAGGAGCGGUUAAUGCCAAGUAAAUGUAGAAGUGUAGGGUUCAAAUCUACAUUAUUCUGCGAAGCCACAGCUAAUGUGCUGCACAUAAUUUGUGAGUUUGUAGUGAUAUGAGCAGAUAUGCAAACUAUACUUGAUUCUUCAUGUUUUCACAGUUGGGGGAAAUCUAUGUAUCUUAUUAGGUGUUAUCAUUCUUUUAAAUUUGGAAUGUCACAACAUGUCCAUGUUAAACUGUGAGCAACCGUUGAGCAUGUAAGUUCAAGUGAAAGAAUUUUGCAACCAUUUUUUUUUCUUUACUUCAUACAGGUUCAGUGAAAGAAAAUUGUGGAAGACCAGUUUCAAAAAGCACUCUAAUGCUUGACUUUGAUAUUUUUUAAGUGUGUUUGCUAGCAAUUGUUAUUAAGGUUGUAAUUUUAUUAAACAUAUAUAUAAUAUCAGAAUGAUUCAUUUUCUUUUA